AUGACGCCUUUUCUAGUUCUCAUCAGCAUGCUGGUUGGCUCAGCUUUCUCUAUUAAUGCUUGGAACGGUGGGUCUAAAUCACGAUCUAGCAUUUAUUCAAAAAGAGAGGAUACCACCGCCUUAGCCAUUUUGAAAAAUGUUUCUGAUUUAAUUUUACUAGCGGAAAAAGGGAUUAUUGCAAAUGAUUUAAAAGGAAAUGCCAGCAAUAUCGCAGAUGCCAUUAAAGAUUUUUUAGCAUCUAACGGUGGCAGUGAUAUUAAUGACAAUGGAUCACAGCAAUAUGGAGGCUAUAAUGAAGGCCUCAAUGAAAAUAAAAUAUCAAGUAAUGGGCCAAGUAACAUGUAUGAGGCAAUAUCCCAGCAAGAUACCAUGAGAGCAGUUCCAGAGAAAAUAAAAAUCUGGCGUGAAGAACAAAAGACAAGACUGGAGAAAAAUGACUCUGAAGAAGAAAAGCGUAAAAAAGAAUUGAAAGAGAAAGCAAAGAAAGAGCUUGAUGACUGGUACAAACAUCACACGGAACAGUUGGAGAAAACAAAAGAGAACAACAGGGCCGCUGAAACUGCAUUUGUCGAGGAUCGUGAUGAAAAGGUCACCGGUCAAGCAUGGGAGAAAAUAACUCGCCUUUGUGAAUUUAACCCAAAGAACUCAAAGAACACAAAAGAUGUAUCUAGGUUCAGGUCUAUCUUGUUGCAACUGAAACAGACACCAUUAGUGCGUUAGGUAUUGUGUGCAAUUAGAAGCUGAUUGUACAUUUGUCAUUUUUAUGUUAGUCAUCAGCAAAUGUUUUAAUAAUUAUGU